GCUCAAAUAGCCGGUCUUACACCCCGCGAGAGCCUUCUUUCUUUCUUUCUUUUUUCUUUCUUCCCUUCCUUCCCGAGCGAGUGUUUGACUCCAGCCGCGCACAGAGAGAUUCGCUGAAGUGUGUGUUUGCUCAGACCAGCGGUUCUGUUUGCGAGGUGGAGGCUGUUUCACGGCGAUGCUGCCAGUGGAGUAUGGGUACGACUGCCAGCGCUGCUCCCCAGCACACACUGCAUGAGAGUUUCCACGGCAACGGGAUGACGGACAGCAGGCGGUCGGCGAGCAGCGCCUCCUUCAACAUCCACAACAACAAGGGCAAAUCCAUCAUCACUAAUAAAGUGGCUCCUGUGGUCAUCACGUAUAACUGCAGGCAGGAGUUUCAGAUCCACGAUGAUCAUGUUCUUCGUACAAACUAUAAAGUUGGGAGGAUCUCGGACAGCAUGCCGGAGCACCAUCUGGUCCAGGGCUUGUUCUUCAUGGUCCAGGACGUGUCCAGUAAAGCUGAUGUUCUCAGCACCACCGGCUCGUACGGCGCGCCGAACUUCAGGCAGAUCAGAGCCGGGUUCCCACUGUACGGCAUGGGCCAACCCAGCCUGGGUGGCUUCAAACGGGUCCUGCAGAGGCUUCAGGCUCAAGGCCACCAGGAGGUGAUUUUCUUGUGUUUGCGUGAGGAGCCGGUGGUGUUCCUGCGCUUGGAGAGCGACUUCUUUCCCUACACGCCCCGGAGGAAGGAGAACCUCCACGAGAACCUGCACGGUCUGGGACGAGAGCUUUCCUCCGAGGACCUGGAGCUCAGCAUCAGGAGAGAGCUUCAUGACUUCGCCAAACUGAACGACAACGUGUUCUACGUCUACAACGACAUCGAGCAUUUUAAAGGAGAACCGCAGAAGAUCUGCAUCAGCUGUGAAGAAGACAUUCAUGUGACAGGAGAGGUGUACCAGCGACCGCGCUUCACCAUGCCUGCCUACAGGUAUUACCGUCUGCCUCUGCCGAUGGAGGGAGCGCCGCUGGAGGACGAGUUUGAUGCGUUCGUUAACGUUCUCCGGGGGAAUCCGUCUCUGUCCCUGAGUCGCGAUGCAUCUCAGCCUCUUCCCAGCGCUGCUUCACCAGGGGGAGCCUCAACCAAUCUGUGGAUUAAUCCUGGGAUCGCUGGUGAUGAUGCCUUGACACGCGUCCGGACCGCAGACCCUGCACGCCCACCGCCGCAACACCCUGAAGAGGAUGUGACGAACAAACCCAAAAUGCAGUUUCAGGUCAUUCAGACCCUCAUCAGUAAACUGCCUAAAGGUCAAGAGGUCAUGGAAGAGGUGAACCGCGCCAUAGACCUGUGCUCUGAGAUGCACGACAUUCGAGAGGCCAUUUAUGAGAACAAACACAAGCUGGAGGGAAUCGGCGAGGACUAUCAGAUCCAGGGAAGCAGCGCUAAAGACUACUUCCUCCAUCGAACUCUACAGAGUCUAGAGCGAUACUUCUACCUGAUCGUCUUUAACGCGUACCUUCAUGAACAGUAUCCGCUGGCGUUCUCGUGUAGUUUCAGCCAAUGGUUGUGCUCGAACGCCUGGAUGUACCGCCUCCUCUCCUGCAUGAACCAAUCAGAGCUCAGAGCACCGGCUGACCUGCUCACGAAAGGAGCUCGAAUUCUGGUUGCCGAUGAAUAUUUAGCGCCUGACGUUCUGAGCACCAUUAAGGAGAUGAGAGUGGCUAAUUUCAGACGAGUGCCCAAGAUGCCGAUCUACGGCAUGGCUCAGCCGACGUCUGAGGCGACGGGAGCCGUUCUGGCGUAUCUGGCGGAUGAGAAGAGGAAGCACAGCACUGUUUUAUGGGUGAAUUUGCAGGAUGAACUGGUUCUGGAGGCCAACGGGCAGAUCUUCUGUCCGAGAGAGCCCACGCGUGUGGAUCAGCACAUAUGUGUGCUCUCCUCACACACACACGAGAUCCAGAGGCUGGAAACGGCUCUGAAAGAGGAACUUUUGGGAAGUCAGAAAUGGCUUGAAGUGACUCUGGAACAGGAGAAGCAGAUGAAGAUGUUCAAGAGCUGUCUGACGGUCCAGGAGAUCUUCAACCAUCACAAGAGUUCACACGCGGGACUGCAGUACAGGCGGAUCCCUCUCCCAGAAUGCUCUGCUCCCACUGAAGAGGGUUUCGACGGGCUGCUGGAGGCGAUGAAGGCUUGUCUCGCUGAAGACUCGUUCUCUGCGUUCGUCUUUAACUGCUCGAACGGUAAAGGACGAACGACCACGGCUAUGGUGAUCGCAGCCCUCACGCUCUGGCACUUUAACGGUUUUCCAGAGUUCUGCGAGGAUGAAAUCGUAAGCGUUCCUGAUGCCAAAUACACAAAGGGCGAGUUUGAGGUGGUCAUGAAGCUGGUGCGUCUGCUCCCUGACGGUCACCGGAUGAAGCGUGAGGUGGACAUGGCCUUGGACUCGGUCAGCGAGACGAUGACGCCACUGCACUAUCACCUGCGAGAGAUCAUCAUCUCCACCUACAGACAGAUCAAGAGCUGUAAACGUGAGCCGGAGAUCCAGGCGCUGACGCUGAAGAGUUUGCUGUAUCUGGAGCGCUACAUGUACCUGAUCCUCUUCAACACGUACCUGCACCUGGAGAAGAGAGACUCGUGGCAGCGCUCCUUCAGCCAGUGGAUGCUACAGGUGAGAUCAGACCAAUCAUCUGUUAAUAAUCUGCAUUGA